GUUUGCACCAUUCGAGUGAAUUGCAACCAACAGAUUUCAGAAGAAGAAACCCGGAGGUCCUAUCGAUAUUUACAAAUUGAAGAAGGAGCGCUCUUGACGGACAUUUGGGUUGGCGAUGGACACAGUUGAUGGUGGUGCCGGUGAAGACACAGGUGAAGCCGAGACCAUUAGUGCGCAGAGCCUGUAUGCGACCCUCGGCCUGUCAUCAGAGGAUGUGGAUGCACUUGCUCAGAUUCCAGAAAGUGAAAUCAGCGUGGAGACCCUCCCUUAUCUAAUCAUGCAGCUCAAAGCGAAGAGAGCCAAUAAAGAGUCAGCUUCCGCAGACACCGACUACAGAGACAAGUCCAGGAUUUCCCAGGACAAGCUGAGCACACCCGAGAGAUGCGCCGGCGACAGACGCAGAAGCCCCUUGUCUUCCAGCUCCGCGCGGCGCUCCCGGAGCCACGGCAGCCAUGAGCAUGAGCAUCACGGGAAAGGGGAAGGGCAUAGGAAGGUUGAGAGGUACACAGGAGGAAGAAGGGACCUUGGUUACAGGAAGUCAUCCCGAGAAAAACAAAGUGGGGAUCACGUGGCUGUGGAGACGGAGCCGGACGUCAACCCAACGGUUUUUCCACACAAAUGCUCUCUUUGCAAGUGUGUGCUGAAUUCCAUAAAGACAUGGAGAGACCAUCUGUCAGGUGUUCGCCACAAAUUACGUGAAUCCGAACGAAGUUCUCGCUCUUUUCCACCCCCUAAAAGACCCUACAGCUCUGACCCCGUCAUAGGGGAUCAGUACAUGUCCACUUCAUCAGACCACCUCUACCCUCCUAAGCCCAAUACAAGAGUGGUAGUUGCUAAGUUUCCUAUGGGCGCUGUGGCCGUGGGGGAGCUUUUAGAGCUUGGGAAACCUUUCGGCACAAUUGUGAAACAUCUGGUGUUCCCAGCAAAGGGAUUUUUAGAGUUCGAGUCUCCCAAGGAGGCUCAGACUAUGGUCAGUCACUUCAAGCAGAAACCAGCAUUCAUAAAGGAGAACGCAGUGUUCCUCUACUUAUCACCAACAGUUGAAGGCAUUUAUACCCCACCCAAGUUUGAUGUGCCUUCACCAAAACGAACAAAGCGUUCGAAUGCACCUUCGGUGGUUUGUUUUUCACGUUUGCCCCCAGGGGAGGGCGUUGAGGCUGAGGUGCUGGAGCUCGCAGGCAUGUUUGGUGAGGUGUGGCAGUCAAAGUUCGCUGACUGUAAGGCCUUGAUAGAGAUGGUUGACUGGCGUGAUGCUGACAUCAUGGUGAAGUAUUACCACAGUAACCCUCUGAGGAUUCAGGGCAAAAGUAUCAAAGUGACCAUGUCGCACAUCUCUAGCCUGAGAGAAAACAGUCCUGAGCCUGUGACCAGAAAAUCUGACUCGAGCAAAUACAGCAGACAAAGAGAAGAGUCCACGUCUAGCAACAAGGACAAAAGCGACAGCUCAAACCAGGAAAACACAGAGAAAGACGACAAGCUGAUGGGAAAGGAAGACAAGGUACUCGAUGAUGAGGAGGGGAUUCAGCUGGAGGAUGAACCUGGGCUGCUUGACGAGGGGACGGAUGACACUGUGGUUAAAACUGAGGAGGAAGAAAAAAAGGAAGACGAGGAAAAGAUGGAAGAGGAAAAACCGAACGCCGCUGAGGAGGAGAAUAGAGAGCGAGGUUCAGAGCAGAAUCAAGAGGAAGAGGGUGAUUUGGAUGAUGCAGAAUUUCCAGAGAACAUAGAAGAUUUUGUUACAUUAGAUGAGCUGGACAACAAUGCAGGAGACUCUACUUUGCCAAAGGAUUGUAAAGUAGUGGUGGUGUGGCCCGUAAAAAAGACUCCUGACUUUAUGAAGGAUCUGUACAGUCUGUCUGCACCCUUUGGCAGUGUGGUGAAGCAUUCUUUAUCCACGUUCAAACAAGAGGCUAUGAUUGAGCUGGAAACAGCUGAAAAAGCCCAGGAAAUGGUGCAGUUCUACAGCGAUCACAAGGCGACGAUAUGCGGCAGGCCGGUGUCUGUUUCCAUGUGCCUUACCAUGAAAACAAUAGAGAGCCCUAGCGGGAGGUCCGUUUUCAUCAGCUGUCUUCCCAACCAGCGGUACCGGCGACAGAAAUACACACACAAAUCCCUCUUCAAACUGACAAAGCCUUUUGGAAGAGUGACUGGCUACUCUCUGCACAGGUAUCAAGGAACGUGUUACAUGCAACUGGAAAGUACGAAGGCGGCUGAAAGGAUGGUUGCGCUGUACACUCGGCGGCCUUGCAAAUUUUGGGGGUCGGUGCUGAAGGUAGCCAUGUGCAGGAAAGGGGACUCACUGAUUAGAUGGAGACACCCUGACAGCGCAGAGGAGAGAGAGAUAAAAAAGGAAAUAAAAGAAAUUAAACCAAGCACUGAAAGGACAGAAAAUGAGCAGAACCAGCACAGUUCUUUACCGAAUUGUGAAGGUGUUGGUGGGGAUCCGGUUUGUGAAAGUAAAGGUUCGGAGGAGGAUAAUCAGCUGGACAAAACCCCUCUGAACCCUUAUCAGCCAGACCAAACUGUGGGUGUGAACUACGUCAUCCCAGUAACUGGUUUCUUCUGCAAGCUGUGUAACAUAUUCUACACUGAUGAGAACAGAGCAAAAUCAGAGCACUGCCGCAGCCUUGAACACUACAACAACCUUAAGCUUAAACAUGCUGAAGUGGUGGAAGAGACAGAUGGACACCCAGAUGGCUGAGUGAAAGAACACAAAGGAGACAAAGACAUUGUACUUUUGAUUCAUUGUUUUUUUAUUUGUUUUCAUUCCAGUUAGUUUCCAUACUCUUUCUGUUCAAAUGUUUUGUUUUUCAAAGCGUUACAAGAGUAAGCGUGUGCGUGUGUGUGAGAAUCAGAUGCGUGUGGACAAAAUUGUGAAGCCAUUAUAAUGGUUUGGAUGUUUAACAGUAAGCAGAACGAACAUGUAUAUCAGCUGAAGGAGAGUGUUACGCUAAGCUCUUGAAAUAAACUCCAGUUUGUUUACUGUCA